AUGAAUAUCAAGAGCUCAGAUGGAAACCCAGUUCUAAGCAAAGAAGGGAAAGCAGAAAGGUGGAAGGAGUAUAUAGAGGGUCUAUACAAGGGCGAUGUACUUGAGGACAAUAUUAUGGAAAUGGAAGAGAAUGUAGAUGAAGAUGAAAUGGGAGAUAUGAUACUGUGUGAAGAGUUUGACAGAGCACUGAAAGACCUAAGUCGAAACAAGGCCCCGGGAGUAGACAACAUUCCAUUAGAACUACUGACAGCCUUGGGAGAGCCAGUCCUGACAAAACUCUACCAUCUGGUGAGCAAGAUGUAUGAGACAGACGAAAUUCCCUCAGACUUCAAGAAGAAUAUAAUAAUACCAAUCCCAAAGAAAGCAGGUGUUGACAGAUGCAGGCACAGGGCAGAAUUGUUUCGGCAUAAAGUCAAGUGCCAGCAUGCCAUCUACUGGAUGGCUUUUCAUUCUGUCCAUUUAUAUACUACAGAACUAUUGUUGCCUCAGCAGAAGUUAUUUAUUUCCCAAGCUGCUGAUUGA